CGAGGUGCCCUGCCGGCGCGCCGAGGCCACCACGCCGGUCCAGUUGGUGCGCGGGCGACUAGGGGUGCGGUUCAGGGCGUCGUGCGAGAAGAGAGUGCGUGCACGAACCGUGCGUCCGUGCGUGCGUGUGUGUGUGUCAAUGUGCAGCAGUGCAACGCCCAAUCCAAUGCACGGCACAGAGGUUGGCUCGACGUGCGCCGCCCCCCGCUAAACUUGCGCCAUGCCGGCCCCACAACUCACCAUCCAUUGCUGGCUGAUCGUCCUCAUCGUCGGAAUCUUACUCCAGCAGGCCCUCAGAUCGGAUGCCUUCACCCUGUGCAAGACCAACGCGAGGGCUGAUAACUGCGCCCAUGGGCUCACGACGGACUACUGCGGGAACACGGUGUGCGCCAAGGGCCCUGGAGAACGGUGCGGAGGCCCAUCUAACGUGCUGGGCCAGUGCGGCGAGGGGAUGCACUGCAAGUGCGAGGUGUGCAGCGGCUGCUCCAUCGAGACGGUCGAGUGCCACUUUGCCAAGGCGACGUGUUUCUGACCAUAGCUCCUCCUGCCCGCACCGGGCAGCUCCCGGCCAACGAGCGCGCGUCUCUAGAGGUGCACAUCAGUCCCGCGACCACGAGGGCGCGGCGGCGAGGCCUCGCACGGGGAGGCCCUGCUGUCCUGUGCGGCACUUGGCCGCGCCGCGCCGCCACGCCACGCCACGCCACGCGCGGAGGGCCUGCCGCCGCCCUGCACGCGCCGCGGCCCAGAGGAUGAUAACCCUUUGAACUGACGACAGCUAAGGGGCCCGCCGUACCUCGCCCCUAUCAGUCCUAUUCCGUCCCAAUACCCCCCGUGUGGAGGUCGCAUCCUACUCGCAACCGUCCAACGGAGCCCCGUCCACAUGGGAGUCGAGCGGCUAAAAACCAGGCUCGUUAACUGCUCACGGUAAAAUUUUUACAUGAACUUCUUUAUGCACAGCUUACUGAUUUCGGGGUGCGUGCUACGCUUGCGUAUUAAAAAAAUUUUACGUAAGCGUAGCACGCACACAUAUUAGUAAUGAGUGAAAAUGUGUUAACAGAAUUUUAUUGUGUUCGACACCAUUUUAUUAUUACUGUAGGUCUUUCACCAAAAAAUAUUUUCCCAUUAGUAAACAGUAUUAGUGGUGCCUUGGAACUACUUAUAAGUUGGUGUUAUUCGGUUUGCUGUGAUAUCAUUGUGUUCGGCGAUGUUGCCAAUCAGUGACGAUGUGUCCAUAAAAAUACAAUAUUUAUUAUCAUAUCGCACUUAUUAAUUUUCAGAAUCAACGAAACGAACUGUCCAAAAUUGUGUUCCUGGCCCCCACCUAUGAAAGAACUGAUGCUUUCUUGCGUGGGUAAAUGCCUGAUAUUGUGAUAAUUGUAACCAUAACUAUAUGACAAUGUAUAAUAGGUCCUAAGCAAUUGAUUGGUUUGUUGUUAUGAAUUGUUAUAGAUGCUUUAUACACCAUCUGUAGCAUGAAGAGAUGCGGGGAAAGUAAUUAACGUUGAAAUAAAAUACUCAAUAAAGACAUUUUAACUAUAA